UUUUCAGUAAUCUUUAAGCGUCUGCAUCGUCUGCAUUAAAUCUCUCAGCACUCUGUUACACUCUCUUUUACUUUUCCUCUAAUAUUUAACUAUUUACUCAAAAUUACCUAUACGUAAUUCGAAUAAAAUCACAAAAUCACAAAUAUUUAGCAAAAUACAAAAAUGUCUAGAUGAUAUUUCUCUAACUAUUCACGAACAUGAAAAGAGAAGGCGUUAGACUGCGAACAAUAGUUUCAUCUCAUUGUUUGCCUGCAGCCACGUUUUUUUCCCUCUGAAUUUUCAAUUUAGAAAAAAUAUUCUACUUUUAUUGAUAUAAAAUUAAAUUCUCCUCAUAUCCUACAGUGAUAUGUGCAUAAUGGUGUAUAAGUAUAACAAGUGCGCGUAAAAAUGGUGCAUAAAAAUGAUUCCACCUGAGAUGCGAAAGCAUUUCGUUUAGUGCGUCUUUACCAAAAAAUGAAGUACAAAGCUUUCUGUUAAACAAUUUCAUAAGUAUAAGAAAAAGCUAAAAAAUGGCAGAGGUUGUUAAGCAAAAUUCCGGAAAGGACAAUUUCAUGAAGAUGUUGUUAACAUCAGGAGCAACAGUCACUCCACAAGGAAAUCCAGGACUACCAAGUCCCACUGGAGAAAUAAUUGAUGAUAAUCCAAAUCGGUUUACAACUUAUUUACAUCAACUCGCCGGUUGUUAUGAACUCGAAGUAGACGUUAUUGUUCGCGAUCAUUGUUACGCCCGACCUUGGAAUUGGAAACCGGAAAAUGUUUACGUGAAACCCAUAAAAAAGAUUUUUUUCACAAAAAACCAUAUAUUAUCUGAUAAACAGAAAUCCGAAGAGAAAGUUGACGUCGAAUACUACAACAACAAUCAAUCAUCAUCGCCACCAUUUGAUUUGGGAAGAACACGACAUCUAAUGGAUGAAUUGCAAAGAUUGGCAAAUUUUGUGCGACCCGAUGAGGACACAGAAUGGGAGGAGAAAAUUGAUAAGACAUUUUGGAGUCAAAUUCAAAUUCGUGUCUUCGCAAAAAUCGUGAGAGUUUUAACUGCAGAAAGAUUGGCGAGACUUGCAAAAACUGGCAACGUAAUGGAACCAGUUUUUCGAAGAACAUCCAUUGACACGGCUGCUAAACGAUUUCGCGAAAUAAUGGCAUCAAUUGGAUGGGACAUUAGAAUUUCACAGUGGAUUCAUUGUUUAUUAUUUGAUUAUCUUCCACAAGAGUACCUGGUUAUUUAUUUAGAUAUACUUCAAACAUUAAGACUGAUCAUUCCACAGCUCAUUGAUAAAAUGAUCGCUGUACAAACGAAUAUUAAUGGGAAAGGUGGUCCAGUUACUUGGGAGACUUUAGGUUCUUUAUUGAAACGUUCCUGGGAUCCAGUGACUUCGACAUUGAAUUCUAAUAAACCGAAAAAGUUACCAGGCAAUCCAAUUUUGGUGAUUGCGCCUUCCACAAUGGGAAACAAUUCAUCUUCGAGACAACUAAAAUGGGUUUCACAAUUGGGAGCAUUGGGAAUGGUUGUGAGUGUUUUUGUGCCUUCAGGAUUGUCAGCAACAAAGAUGACAAUGAUGACUUGCAUGGAUCAACUUGUGCAAGCCACUAGAACAAAAUUACAAGAAGUAAGAUCUGAUUGUCCCGGUAGGCCGAUAAUUCUCAUGGGUUUCAAUACAGGAGCUGCUUUGGCUUGUCAGAUAGCGCAAAUGGAGCAUGUGACAGCAGUAAUAUGUCUCGGCUUUCCAUUUAAUACCGUGGAAGGCAAGAGAGGAUCGCCGGACGAUACUCUAAUGGAUAUACGAUGUCCCGUUAUGUUCGUAGUUGGUCAAAAUGCAACUCUAGUGCGUCCCGACGAUUUAGAAGAUCUUCGCGAGAAAAUGUUGGUGGAAACGAGUCUCGUUGUCGUUGGCACGGCGGACGAUCAUCUACGAAUUUCAACGGCUAAGAAAAUAUCCGAAGGCGUCACACAGAGUAUGGUCGAUCGUUGUAUUCUAGAUGAGAUCGGCGAUUUUGUUGGUAGCAUUCUUUUGCAACCGCAUCCCCUUCCUCUGAGACCUGCCACCCUGGCGAAUCUAGACGGUCGAAAUAAAAAGGAUUGUCGAAAGAGGAGAAAUUCAACGAGCAGUUCUGUCGAAAGUGAACCAAAUUCGCCAAAUGUGAAAAAAUCAAGACCAGGUACACCGGUUUUGAGUACUGUUCCCGGGGGACAAAUUAUUGCCUCUGCUUCUGUAUCGCGUGUGGGAAAUUUGCCAAAUUUGACAACGAAUCUGACGAAUUUACCUGUCAGUGGAACAACUGUUAAUCUACCGCCAGCUGUCAAGCGAAAACCUCGCGUUGUUUCUAAUCAGAGGGCGAAUUUCCCCGAAAGUCUUAUUUCAUCAAGGCUAAUGUCUCAGCAAAGUAUAAACAGUGGAAACGGUGGAAUAACGUUAAAUAUUGGCUCCCUGGCAAGUUUGUCACCUGCAGGACCAAUGAAAUUCACAUCUGGUAAUAUCGUAUCCCAAAAUUCUCCAGGAAUAACGAAAGCGGGAGUUAUGACAAAAACUCCUACUGCUCUUCAAAAAAGUCCAAAACUAAUGCAACCAGGAACUCCAAAUAUUGGAAAGAUGAAAACUGUUUCAAUGGCUGGAGGAAGUCACUUAAAAUCCAACUCUUCUUCAAUUACAGUCCCGCAAGUAAAACCUUCCAGCACAAGCGGAGCUCUAUCAGCUCUUUUGCAAAGUGGAAAAAAUACAAUUAGCAUCGGUGGAAGACCAAUUACAUCUAGUGUCCUAUUAACUCCUAGCGUUACUGUAACACCCACAUCAUCACCAGUCGCACCUUCAAAAGUGAUGGACAGCUAUGGACCAGUAAAUCCAAACGAUUAUCUACAAAAGAAUUCCAAGUCGUCAUCAUCAUCAAAAGAAAUAUCAUCUCGACAAACGAGUCAAUCAAACAAAAUUUAUCCACCAAACACCAACAAUCUCGUAUUAUUGGAAAAUUCCUGCAAGACGAAAAUUUCAUCAUCUGGUCAAAAUUCCGUCACUAUUUUACCCUUCACAACAAAAAUGAAGAAUUCAGAGAAAACAGUGAAGAUCAUUCCAAAGAUAACUGCUAAUAAUUUAUCAAGAAAUCCAAGACCAAAACAAGAAACAACAAAUACAACAAAUUCAAAUUUCCUCAACGAUGAUUUGGGUAACAUUCUCGAUAUUCCAAUAAUAUUUGCCAAGGACGGCGAAACGAUAAAUUCAAUCGAAAAAUCUCCAAUUCUACCACAAAAUCAAAUUCCAAAUACUUUGGAAAAUCCCCCCCAACCAGCGCAACUACCAUUAAGAAAUCCAAAAUUAGGACCAACAAAAGUCGUUCUCAUAAGUAACAAACAAGAUAAAUCUCAACCCGGCAAAUUAAUAACUUCUCAAAAACAUUCAUUUCUCCGUCAAAGUCUUCCCAAACAAAAUUUAAAUCACGUUCUCCUUCAACCGAAAAAUCAAAAUCCAGUCAUAUCAAAUCGUUCUAGUCCACCGUUACAAAAUUCUAGUCGCUCCAAUGAAUCAACGGUGAAAUAUACAAAAAUUAUUCUCGCCAAGAGAAAUUCUCUUUCGAAUAUUGCUCACAAAGAUAAAGGAGAACAACCGGUAAUAUUGACGAAAACAAAUCAAAAACUUUCCACACAAAGAAUUUACAAUAAUGAUAAUAAUAAAAAUGAGCACGCUUCGGCGUCAAAAAUUAUUAAUAAUUUCGACGACGAAUUCCUCGAAAUUGAAGAGGCAAUUAAACCGAAUAUUAUCGAACGAAAAAUUAUCAAUACAACAGAAGUUGUCGAUUCAUUAUUUCAGGAUCCUUCAAUUCAAAACGAAGAGAUCAGUAUUAAUUCUGAAUUAUUUCUCAAUUAAAAAAUUCUAUUCACAAUAAAAAUUUCUUUUCUCAAUGAAAAUGAAAUUUUUUAUUUUUAUUCCUAAAUAAAAAGAAAUUGAAUCUAUUUUUUUUCCUCCCAAGUUGCUAACCACCAAUUUAUUGAAUUUUUAAAGAAAAUCGAAUUCGAAUUAAUUUUCCUAAAAUGACAAAAAAUUAUCCAAAUAGAAAAUGUAAAUUUAAUUUUCAAUUUACUUUUCUUAGAAAUAAUGUAGCGGGUCUACGCGUUAAAAUAAGCUGCAUUUUUAAAGACUGAAAGUUAGAAAAAAAAUUCGUUCUUGGCUAUUAUUUAAUUUAUAGAAUUAACAUUAAGUUAUUUAGUCACAAACACACACGAAAGUUCCAAAAGGUUCAAAUAAACGAAAUUUAUUUAUUUCUCCUUCAGAUAAAAAUUUUGUCACUAAAAACAAUAAAUUUUAAUAUCUUUUUGAAAAAAAAGUUAAUAUUUCGUUCAUUUGAACCUUAAAAAAUUGUCGAUCAUAAUUUUAUAUUAUUGAGAGUUAUAUUAAUUUUCUUGUAAAAAAUUUUCAAACAUAAAUUACCUCUCCUCAAAAUGUAUAUUUAUUUUUUGUUUCAAUAUAGAAAAUAAGCGUUUGUAUAAACAUAUUUACUGUGUUCAUUUUAAAUGUCAAAUAAUGCUUUUACUGCAUUUCAUUUAUAAGCGACGGGGAAUAAAAUAAGUAUAAUAAUAAUAAUAAAAUAGUAAAUAAAUAAGCAAAAUAUUUCAAAGAAGUUACUAAAACAGGGCUUUAAGCAUUUUUCACCACUAUAAAAAAAAUGUUCACGAUAUUUUUGUAAAAGACGCAGUUUUUUUUAAAAACUAGUCUUUAGAAAUUAACUAUACCAUUCAGCAUAAUAAUUUCAAAAUAUAAUUAGCAUUUGUAAAAACGAUAGUUUACGAGUUUUACGAUUUUAUGAUUCUGUAUACUGUAGAAGCGAAAUUAUAAUUAGAGACUGAAUUUAUAUUUUUUAGAGAAUGGUUAAGUAAAAGUGAUACACAUAAGAUAUUAAUAAACGAAAAAAUGAGUUA